AUGUCGAUCAACGUAGACAUACUGCUGUCGCGACUGCCACCCACGAUAAGCUCGUCGGCGAAGGCAGAACUAGGAAGUGUUCUGUCGGAGUACACCGAUGUUUUCGCUUGGAAGGAUUAUGAUGUUGGUCGAACGAAAGCAUACAACAUUCGACAGACACUGGAGAUGCUACACCCAUCCGCCUACCACCACGACAUGUCCCGAUUCAGUACCAACACCAGCUAA